AUGAGCUCUGUCGACCAUCUGAUGGAAAAAGGGCUUGCUGGAAUUUCGACGAAACAAAAAUCCUCAAAGGCAGAAACCAGCAAGCCAGAGUGCAUGGCAGCGGUCAUUGGAUAUAGAGAAGAUGCCGACUUAUUCACUCAAGCUUUGGAAAGCUAUAGCCGUGCUUUGGGCUGCGAGUUUGUCCUCGUCGGAAUUGAUGGCGAUGAAAAGGAAGACGAGUACAUGAUCGAAAUUUUUAAGAAGGUAUAUCCCAAAAGAUCUGCUGUCAUUCAUCUUGACACACCCUUGGUCGACCUGGCACUCGAACUCUCAUCAUCGCUCCCAGAGUCGCAGAACAAGGAUGAUCACAUCAUCGCGUCAUGUAUCCGUGUGGUACGGCAGCACCUUCACGAGUCCAACAUUUCUCUACAUGACAUCCGGUAUCUUUGUGUACAUCAGCCACACAUGCACAAAAAGGGAAUCAUGUUUACUACCUUUAUCUUGUCCCUUGUGAUCACCCAAACGUUUGGUCUCGAAUGGAUCUGGUCAUCUGACAGCGACACCAUCGUGGACCGCAACACGAUUUCUUCGACCACGUCAAUCUGCACCUCGGACAACGAUGUCGGCGGUGCCUGUGCGACACUCGUCAUCCACAACCGGGACGACAAUCUCCUGACACGGCUCAGCGCCGCUGUAUACCUGAGUGACUACUACCUGGCAAGGUCAUUUCCGUCAUCUUUUGCCGCCAAUGAAUGCCAGUCAGGGCCGUGCGCCUUGUUCCGGGCGUCUGCGCUCGCACCAAUCCUGCUGCCGUGGUAUACGCAAACUGUGAUGGGUCGCUGGAUGCGCGUCAAUGAGGAUCGGCACCUGACAACACUUUUGCUGAGGCGGGGAUAUCGUGUCCUGUACGCGGCCGACGCCAUUGCCGCGACGGAGUCACCACCGACGUUGCGCCGCUGGCUCCUUCAACAAGUGCGCUGGUCGAGAGCCUGCCACGUCGAGGGCCUUCUUGCUGCGCCUGCCAUUUACGUUCUCCACCACCCAGUCCUCUUUCUAAACGCUGUCCGCCGCGCGCUCGGCGCCGUCGCAAUCCCAUUGUCCGUCUCCGCGUACGCCCUCACGGGCUACGCAACCCGGUCCCUCGCGGGUGCCGACAUGUGUCGCCGCCUCCUCGUCAUAUGCGUGUAUCUGGUGCUGCGUAGCCCGUGCCGCCCGAGGAAGUGGACCGAAUGGCUCUGGCUACUCCCCGGCCAGGCCAUGUUUAGCAUUGCUGCUCAAGGUAUUCAGUUAUGGGCUCUAAUAACCAUGCUAGACGGUGAUUGGGGCACGUGCAUGAGGGCUUCGACCGAGGUUCAUGCUGAUGCGGUAGGAGAGUCGAAUGCUGACAGCACCGAGUCUGGCCUUCAGGGAAACACAAAGGGCGGGUUGCUGGCUUCGCCUAUCGGUACAGGGAGGAAGAGCCGUGUGCGGCGCAGGGCGCAGGAGAUCGGCUUCUUUGUUUUCUGGAUUGGACUUGUCGUAGGCGCUCUUGUGAGGGCGUGGGCCAGCGGUUCCUAUGCACCGGAUGACGGUAUUCCAACCUUGUUGGCAUUUGGAUGCAUGAUGAUGACGUGGCUCGGGAUGGCGUGGUGGAUGGUUGUCGUCUCUAACUAG